GCAGCCAAACGCAGUGUAUCCUGACAACUGUGGACGCGUUUUCUUUUAAUCAUUUCAACUGUAUUGUUUUUUCUACUCGUUGCGGAUUCUCCUCAAACUAACUCAAAAUGUCUGCCGGCGACAUGGGCCAAGCCAAGCGAUUCCAGCAGAAGGAACCGGAACAGAUGCAAAAGCUGGACAUUGAUGCAGUGGAGUUCAUUGUGAUUACGCACUAUGUGAGUCCGCAGCUGUUCUGCUACAUAACGCUUCCUCAACUGGAAGCGUGCGGCGCCUAUGUUAACCAGGUGGAGACGCAUCUGUCGGCGCAUUGUCACGCGCACAACCAGCGGGAGAACUAUGAGUCCAAUGAGCAUGUCAUCGUGCGGUAUCAACCGCUGAAUAUGCACAAAUGGUUGCGGGGCCUCGUUAUGGUUCGCCAGCACGGCGAGUAUCUCGUCUGGGCGAUGGACUAUGGCUUCACCAUCAACUGCAGGGCCAAGGAUUUGUGGUUGUUGCCUGCGUUCCUGAGCGAAAAGUACAUCCAGAUCGAGUGGGGCGGCGUGGCCUGUGUGGCGCCCCGCACGGGCACCCAAUGGUCAAAAAUGGCAUUGCGGCUGCUCGACAAGCGGAUGGAAGAGGCCCAACGAUUGAUGUUCAAGGUCGAGUACCGAAACGAAGAGCGACACAACUUUGGUCAGUUGUGGCUCCAAAUGUCGAAGCAAGCCGAAUCCUUGCUGAAUGCUGCCAGCUAUCUGGUGGAGAAGCAAUGUGCACGCCUAGAGCAAAAGGAGCCCAGUAAAAUACAGGCACACAGCUGUAGGGUUGAGAACGACAUGGAUCUGGCGGAGUUGAAUGACCCAGACAUUCGGCCUAAUACGCGCGCCCUAACCAUUCUCGAGUUGAUGGAAUCGCAGCGUCCUAAGAUGCCGCUGACUAUACCCAACUUGGAGGCACAGACCAACUCGCAAAGUUGCAGCGAAGAGAAACAGAAGUAUGUCGAUUCGAUGCUUAGAAAUGGCUAUCAUAGGCUGGGCGCCAAGACACGUAAUCUGACCUGCCCCUCGACGCAGUCGGCCAAGCUGGACACACUGCUGCAGGCCCGGACUGUGCCAGAGAUACCGAAUUCCGCCAAGCGUCUGAGCAAGGUCAGCAGUUGCAAUGACACCGUCGUGGAGACGGCUCUUAAAUGCAGCUCAGGCAACUCGAGCAGCAGCAACAGCUCCUCGGACAGUUUCGAGGUUCGCGAACAACAAUCAAAGCUCGUCCGAUUGAACAGAAGAAACAUUCUGGAUUAUUACAGGCAGGAAGUGGUUAAGCCGCAGGUCAAUCAGCAGCACAUUAAGGCCACCCAGUUAAAGGAAAAUGGGAGUUCGCUCCAUCAAAUACAGGAAAUCCCAAAGGUGGUCAAUAGAAGAGACUCUGCGCAUGAGAGCAUAUCUCUGGUUUGUACCCAAGAAUUCACAAGCGAAUUCGGGCAGGAAUCUGUCAAAGAAAAAGUGGGAGGUCUCCAUAAUGAGAUGGGCGGCCUAACGCUGAAUGGGAAUCCCGCCCAGUCGGUAUCUCUCCGAGCAGCCGAGUUGCACAAACGAAAUGUAAAAGAGGAUGGACUUCUUUACCAGGAUAAACUAGACCGAAUUUACAACGAAUACCGCUUGCCAGCUAAAUCCAAGGAUGUGCCAGAGAAGUCAUCACUCGAACUGCGUCCCAUCGAGAAUCUCGUGCUGGCCCAUAGCAAUAUGCCCGUGCGGCCAAUGAGCAGCUUGUCGGACUCGCUGCUCUGCCGGGACGUACUCAUGGCCUUGGGCGACAUGGAUCUACAGACGGUGUUGCCCACGCAGCGUUAUGCCUGGCCGCAUCUGAUGAAGAGCAAUACAUUGGUGCUGGUCGAUCGCAAUGGUAGAGGUCGCUCCUGGUCUUACCUGCCCCCGUUGUGCUCUCUGGUCAUGCGCAGAAUGCGCGCGGCACCAAUUGGCCUCAAUAAGGAGCCCAGCUUGGGGCCAUUAGCCGUGUUGCUGGCGGACUCCGUGGCCAAUGCCCAGGCGCUGUUCAAUCAUUGCACCAACCUGAUGAGCUCCUACAAAACGAACAUGUUAAAGGUGGUCAACACGCAUGCCCACUGCGCGAAGGAGCUGCACAUCAGACUGCUCUAUUCCUGCGGCAUCUUGGUGACCACACCCACGCAUUUGAAGCAACUGUUGCAGCUGGACAUGCAGCUCAUCGAUCCGCGCCGUCUGAAGUACUUCGUCAUCGAUGACUACGAUCGCAUGCGCGCCUCCGCUCCCCAGUUGCUCAACGAGCUGCUGCAAAUGGUGCAGAACAUGGCCAUGACCCAGCUCCAGCUGGUGCUCAUCGCCCAGCAGUGGCAUGCACGCGUCUUUCUGGAGCUGGUCAAACGCUUUGGCGACAAUCCGCUUCUGCUUUUCGGUGACUUCCUGGAGGCAGCCGUUUACGGAAGCCUCAAACUGAACGUCGCCGUACUGCGCAGCAGCAAGAAGACACAGCAGCUACUCGACUACCUGGGUGUCCAGAAUCCCCUCAAGAGGCGCACAAUCAUUUACUGCAAACACGAAGAGGAGUUGGCAGCCUUGCGAAGCGCGCUGACUGAAGCUGGUUACGAGUGUAUUGGUCCAAACGAAGUAGCUAAUCAGCAAAUUCAUCAGCUGCUCCUGCUUACGGAUGCAGUGCAGCAAACUCAGCUGCCUGUUGGAAAUUUCGAGCUGAUGGUGCACUACAGUCUGCCGGAAUCUUGGUCAAAGUUCUCUUAUCGCUUACAUGCGGUCAGCGACAACAUUAGCAACUGUCUGGUUCCGCAGAAUUUCAAGCAGAACGUUGUCUCCUGCGUGAUGCUGGACGAGAGCAACAGCUACGAGCUGCCGCGUCUGGUGCAAUUCCUUGAAGCCCACGACAUUGAGCUGGGCGAGCACAUACUGCAAAUGGUGGCCAGCUGUCGCCAGCUGACGGAUCAGAGUCGUCAGUUCUGUCCCCAGAUGCUGAGCAGCGGCGAGUGCGGCCAGUUGUAUUGCAGCAAACGGCAUUAUCCAGUCAGUGUGGACUUUCAGCGGCAGUUUUGUGCCCUGUGGCAGCCAAAGACUGCGGUGCGCUGCAAUAUUAUCAAAGUGUACGAUCCGGUACACUUUGCCGUCAUGGCUGUCAGCUACAAGAGCAGCCACAGUGACUCCUGGCAAGAGGCGUCGAACCUGUCGACUCUGCGAAAACUGAGUACGGCUCUCUACAUGCACAUGAGCAGCGAGCAGAAUCGUCGCCCCAAGCAGUUGCUGAAAAUCGCGGAUGUCUGCGUUCUACACCGUGGAAUUAAAUAUCAGCGCGUUCGUGUCGUCGAUUUGUCCGACAAGCGGCUUGUCAUCGUUCAGCUAAUGGACGAGGGUACGGAACUGCUGCGGGUGAAGCCAGCCGAGCUGCUAGAGUGUGACGCACGCUUCACAGUGGAACCGCCCUUGGCAAUGGAUGUGAGAUUGUGUGGACUGGUGCCAGCUGUCGGUGAGGGCGAUUGGCGGCUGGAGGCCACCAAGUGGGUCAAGGAGUUACUGAGUGACCUAAGCGACAAUCAGCACUUGCAGCUAAUUGUGGAGUUUACCAUGUUGAAUGUUGUCUAUGUGAAAGAAAUUGCCGUUCUGCAGGAUUGUCCAGCAAUAAGAAUCUGCGUGAAGUCCAUGCAACUGCACGAUGAGCUGAUCAAUCGGGGCUAUGCCAAGCGAGAGCAGCAAGUCAUGGAUAACCUGCGCAAGUUGCAUGAGGAGGUGGUCGCAGAGCAACAGAAACUAAUAGAAGAGCAGGUCACCAGCUCAAAGUUGGAAGAGCAGCAGGUGCAACCGAACGGACAAAUGCAGCCUGUGAAGCUGCCGCUGGCGGAGACUGAGGAAACUGAGAGCGACGAAAAGACAAGGAAGGAGGAAAGAAUAGCCACAGAGAACAACCCACAGCUGUCAUCAAAUCCCACUUCUAAUGGCGGCAAAUUAAGUCAACUCUUUGGUGCAGUGCAAAGAUACUUGCUUCGCAAAGAGGCACAAGCACCCGAGAAGGCAAUUGAGCAAAGUGAAAAUCCAAAUGCGGCAGCCGAAGCCAAGGAAUCGAUGGGGGAAACUGUGCAGGAGGAAAAAGAGACUGCAGCAUUGGUAGAUAGCGCUGCCUUAUUUAUGGACGCGCUGCUGCAGGAUCUGCGCAGUGCUGAUGCGGCGGUGAAGGAGGCCGCACAGCACUUGAUGCAGGACAUACUUGGAGCCGAAAAUGUCACAGCCGGUGAGGCCAAUCCUUCAAAGAAAACACUUACUAAGGGGACCAGUAAUUUGUCCAGGUCAAAGCCACAGUUGACACCUGAUAAGAUGACCAGUGCGCUGUGCUGUGCCGCCAUCGCUGGCAACGCGGCGCGCCCAAAGGUGCGCUGGCACCAGACUCUCCUGCAGAUUGAGCUCAUCUUCGAACAGCAAGUGCCGCAAUACGAGCUGGUGCAUCAGGGCAAUGUGCUGUUCUACCAGGUCACCGAAACCAUACCGCCGCAGCGCUGCAUCCUGAAUUUGCUGGGCGCGGUUAAAAUAUUAUCGGAGCAGCAGCACGGUUACCAGCUGCACGUCAAGUUGGCCAAAGAUGGUCUCAAUAUGUACUGGCCCAGUCUGCUGGACUCGUUGUACCUACAGCAGCAUUGCCAUUGGCUGGUAUAUGACACGGAGCGCGCCAACAUCCCCCAGCAUAAUUUAGGCCGCAUCUAUUGGAUGCGAUAUCACCAAAAUCAUUAUGUCCAGAAGGAGCGCGAAAACGAUGGCUUCUGGUCAGCGGACGAGCAGAACGAUUCUUCGGAUGUGGAACCUGCUGGCACCGAUAGCUGCGAUGAUCUAUAGGAAAAUAAUUGACAUAUUUCUAUUCUGUAAUCAACCGAAUGUGGCUUCUAAUCAAAGGCGCAGGCGUAGUUUCAUUUCCCAUUUGUUAAACUCUGCAUUUAUGUUAUUUCUUUUAUGUAUCUGUAUUUUGACUGUUUUUCUGACUAUUGAAAA